CUGCUUGAUGAAAGAAAGGAAAUGUGUGUUCUUGUUUCAGACUAGAAGGCCUCAAUUCCAGCACUUCAAGCCCCAAGGACAAGCAGACAUUUAUGGACACAGCAGCCCUGUGGGGCUUGACGGCAGCCCGGUUUGCUCCUUCUCGUUUCCUUCUGGACGCCCCACAGAAAUCGGCGAGCCCCCUGCAGAGAACUGAACCCCAGGGCAGGAACAACAUUAUGUGCGUCCCUCCUUACAGGAGCUGCUUCGUCAUGCCAGUGCCUGUGCCCUGCUCUAGCUACCAGAACCGGUUACCAUUGGACCCACGGAUCAUGGCCUGUCAGGCGGCUGUGGCCUAUAAUAUCAACCUAUUACAGAACCAGGACAACCUAUCUCCUGGACCCUUCAUCUCCGGAUCUCUCUCCCCUCACCAGACAUACCAGUCCUCCAUAGGUGGUAGUGUGGAACACAGCAAAACAGGUUGAGAAGAAAUGCUUCCAGGUUUUGGGACUGUGAAGCUCUGGAAGGAAAAUGAAAUGAAAGAAAAGUUUUUAGCGAAUCUGGACACUCUAGGUGGCGGAUUCUUCUGGCUAUCAGAAGGUCAGCUGGACAGGAGUUCGACUCCAAAGUUCGGCCAUAGCGCCAAGCCAUAUUCUGAGGUGAAGUCUCACCACAGCCUCAGUCCUCAGGGUCUCCACAGUCCUACCAGAUUCCCCGGAAACCCCAGCAUGGACAGCCUCCUCUACAGCCUGGACAGGACCUCUCUGCCCUUUGCCUCCUCCCCUGAGCCCUGCCACUCGCCCCUACUGAUCCACGAGGAGCACAUCGGCAGAAGCCUCUCCCCAGCACCCCUGUUACCUCACCUCUCUUCAGGACUGAGCAGCGCCGGGGUCACUGCACCACAAGGGAGCCCCCAGGCAAACCUACAGAACGGCACCCACGUAAACUCUGCAAUAAGGGAGAAUGUGCGAAGUUCUGACAGAUGUAUCUCCAAGUUCAGCCAGUGGAUGGAGCAGUGUGGUGAUCUGGUCAAUGAACAUCCUCAUCAUCAUUGUCAUUAUGGUGUUCCUCAGUCUCUGAACAUGCACAGCCCUCUAGUCCAGAAUCAUGACGUCUUCCGGCUUUCAUCCCAGCAGGAUGCCAGUCAUAUUGACAGCUUUCACAGGGAUCCCAACUUCUCUUUACACGAGCGAGACGUCGGAUUCAGUGGCCAAGAGUUGCGUCGCACAGUGAAAAACUUAUCUGAAGCAGCAGAGAGGAGCAGCAACUGGCUGUGGUUGAGACGGAAAGAUUCUGGCUGGGGAUCUCAAGCACAACAGAAAGAAAGAAACGCUGAUGUACAGUUUUGAACAGCAUGAUCCUUGGAAUGACCCCAGAACCAUGGAACAAUCUACAGAGAUCACCCCCAAAUCCAACCUUUUCCCGUAUUGCUCCUCAUCGACUCGGCCCCUGUCUCCACUCCCCUCUCCGAUGUGCUACGAGCGGAGCCUCAAGCGCAUCUCUCACUUCGGCAAGCUCGAACACGGGCCCUCCCCGUACACCGGAUCACACACUGCCAUCACGAGAGAGACUUCUACGCCAGCCCAAAGCAGUUUCAGAGGGAAUCCGAGGAGGAUUCCUUGCAAACAAAACACCCCAACCGUGCUUACUCAGAAGUGGUCUUUUUAAUCAAGAGCCCAUCUAUUGAUGUCCGGACAAUGGGCCAACCACUGUACCAGCGAGGCUCUCCAUCCACCCUGAAGGAGUUUCCCUCCUCCCAAGCCAGCCAGGAGCCCAGCCCCUUCUGCAGCCCGGACCUGCUCUCACCCGCCUCCACGGGGGACCAGUGGGCUGUGGAAGAGGCUGAGGAUGGUGCCUUCAGCCCCACAGAGAGCAGCGAAGGCCGGGCAGCGCUGCACACUCAGGACCUCGUUGGGUACAAUAGGCACUACACACCCUCCAACCAACAAGGUUUUCCAGGGUUUCAGGAGCCCUCUAAGAAAAGCUCUCCCUCACCACAUCCUGACUGCCCGGAAGGCAGUGAGCCGUUCUACCUAGACGAAAACAAGAUGGCUGCCUCAUACGCCAGUGUUCUGCGGGCCCCGCCCCCAUCCAGCCCAGGCCCCUCCCCCGAACUGCCAAAGAAGACAAACGACCCUCUGACCCUCCUGCAGGACCUGAGCAAACACUCCAGCCACAACGACAGCUGCUUUUACUCAUACUUACAGUCAAACUUUAUUUAUUUGUUUGUUUGUUUCUUUGUUUGUUUUUUCUCACUUUUUUCAUUUUUUUUUUUCUUCGAAAAAACAUAAACUAAAAAUUUAUGUUUUUUUACAUUGGAUAUAAUUGUGUAUUUGUUCACCUUUUUUGCAUUGCAUUGUCAUAUGCUGAAUGGUAUUGUUAUACUCUUUCCAUAUAAGUGGAAUUUGUGUAUUUAGCUCUACGGAAAUAAAAUAUUUAUAUAACAAUAUAUAACAUUAUAUAACUGCUAUUAAUGCACUAGGAGUUUAAUCUGUGUAAUUUUCAUUAGAAUGUUGUCCUCUGUUCUAGUAAACUUUAUUUAAUGUUUUUUCCUUUGGAAACGUGUAUACAUUUGAACUCUUUUUUGAUGUUUUGAAUUUUUCCACUUUUUUGCACAGAAAGGGGAUUGUUUUAGACAUAUUUAUGUUUUAUUUUGGCUAGUGUAAGUUAUUUUUGUUAUUUAAUGGAUACUUUAAAGGAAAAAUAA